AUGUACUCUUACAUUGUGGCCUUCGUUGCCUUUCUCGUACUCUUCUACAACCCAAUCUCAGAGCUCCUCUCACCGGCAACACCGCAGAUUCGGCGAACCCCCCGGCCGCAAAUCAACUUCGACCUACUGGCACCAGAACAGGACACAGCCAAUGGGACGAGCAUACAGUGCCCCGAGGACUCCUAUUCCGUCCACAUCUUCUCGAGGGAGCCUCUAGUCCUGUACAUCGAGGGAUUCCUACGGCCAGAGGAGCGGGCUCACCUCCUUGAAAUCAGCGAGCCCAUCUUCGAGCCCUCGACCGUGACCCACGACGCGGGCUCGACGGCGCACCGCGACGCCGGCGUCCGCGACUCGGAGGUGGCGCUGGUGCCGCGCACGGCGGGCGUGCGGUGCGUCGAGGCGCGCGCGCGCGCGCUGCAGGGGUGGCGCGACGAGGUCUGGGUCGAGCGCCUGCGCGUCCAGCGCUACCGGCCCGGCGGCCACUACGGGCACCACUUCGACUGGAGCUCCGGGCGCGGCGGGUGGGGGCGCGUCAGCAGCUUCAUGGCGUGGGUGGACGACGGCGACGGCGCGCUGGCCGGCGGCGGUACCGAGUUCCCCGCCCUGAGGGGCAGUGGCGAUCCGAGGUGGUGCCGGUUCGUCGAGUGCCCUGCUAAUAGCACCAGGGAGGGGGAUGGAGGGGAUGACCAGGGGGGGACGGUGUUUAAACCGUUGGUCGGCAAUGCCGUCUACUGGGAGAAUUUCCGCGCCGAUGGCACGGGGAGUGGCUACGAGGAGACGUGGCACGCCGGGCUGCCCGUCGUUGAGGGGGUAAAGGUUGGGCUGAACAUUUGGAGUUGGGGCAGGAUCGAGUGA